AUUUUCACAGCCUAGCCUAGCCUGAGGUCUCUCUCUUUCUCUUUUCUUUUCAUGGAAGAUGAAUCAGAAUCCAACCCCAACAGGGAUCACAUCUUGGAUUGGUUGGAAGGAUCAGUGCAAUUUCUUCCAUCCUUCAUGGAAUUAGAUCCUAGCAACAACAUGAUCAUGUCCCACUUGGAUGACGACCCUGACUCCUCCUGGUGGCUCAACGCAUGCCAAGAUCUCGAUCAAGAUUUGUUAGUCAACAACAACAUCAAGAGUAGUACUAAUAAUUCCACCACCACUGUCACCGCCACCUCAGCUUCCAGCAACACACCCGUCACCUCCACCUCGUCAGCUGCUGAUGCUCAUGUCAUCCAGUUGCCUCCCACCACCACCACCAACAACAACAACAACAACAUGAUCAGUAGCCAUGAUCUAAUAUCCAAAAAGCGCAAGUCUGAGAGGAAGAAGAAGAACGACGCUAAUAAGGCAUCGGAUGAUCAAGAAUAUUUAAUGGACAAGGGCGCCCCAACAGCUAAGAAACCUGGUGCUUCUUCUUAUAGGAGAAGAACAGCCAAAGCGGCUGCGGCAUCUGGGGCGGAUGGAAGCUGUGGUGGCAGAGAAGGGAGAUGGGCAGAGCAGCUACUGAACCCGUGUGCAUCUGCCAUCACUAGCUGGAAUCCAACACGUGUGCAACAUCUUAUUUAUGUCCUUCACGAGCUUGCCUCUCCCACAGGCGACGCUAACCACCGCCUGGCUGCUCACGGCCUCCGGGCUCUAAUCCAACACUUGUCUCCCCGUUCACCGCCUCCUCUUUCCAUGGGGCCCCUUGGGUCCUCCUUUUCCUCCACCGAACCUCAGGUAUUCCAGAAAUCAAUCAUGAGGUUCGACGAAGUUAGUCCCUGGUUUGGAUUUCCCAACAAGAUUGCCAACUCCUCAAUCCUUCAAAUCUUAUCUGAGAACAACAACAAAUCGCGGGAUCUACAUAUUCUUGAUAUUGGCGUCUCUCAUGGAGUUCAAUGGCCCACCUUUCUAGAGUCAUUGACUCGCCACCCGGGUGGUCCUCCGCCUCUUGUCCGCCUAACUAUUCUCAUUGGCGGUGGUGGUGACCACAACGACAAUGACAAUAUUGUCCCGUUUGCGGUGGCUCCCAUGGGACACAAUUACUCAUCCCGUCUGCUCGGUUUUGCCAAGUCUUUGAAGAUUAACCUGCAGAUCAAUCGGAUUGAAAACCAGGCAUUACACAAUCUAAAUACCCAACUCAUCAAUUUAAAGCCCGAAGAUCAAGAGACCUUGAUAGUCUGCGCUCAAUUCAGGCUCCAUUAUCUCAACCACGCAAACCCAGAUGCCAGAACAGAGUUCCUCAAACUGUUGAGGAAUUUGGAACCAAAAGGCCUCAUCCUCAACGAGAACAACAUGGACUGCACCUGCAGCAACUGCUGUGGGGGGGAUUUUGCUGCCGCAUUCUCCAGGAAGGCGGAGUAUCUAUGGAGCUUCCUGGAUUCCACAAGUGCCGCAUUCAAGGGGCGGGAGACGGAAGAAAGGAAAGUGAUGGAGGGAGAGGCAGCAAAGGCAUUGACCGGCUCCCACCAGAUGAACCAACGGAAAGAUAAAUGGUGCGAGAGAACAAGGAGAGCCGGCUUUGUGGGGAAGCCAUUCACGGAAGACACCAUUGACGAAGCUAGAGCUCUGCUUAGGAAGUACGACAGUAACUGGGAGAUGAAACUGGACAACGACAAAGACGGAUGCGUGGGCUUAUGCUGGAAAGGACACCGUGUUUCCUUUUGUUCUCUAUGGACUACUACUUCUCCUUCACCAAAUCAUCAAACUCCUCUAUAAAAGUGUUUUCUUUUCUCUUCUGAGAACAUGCUUUAUUCCCUCCUCCAGGAAAUCCGUGUGCUAGCUAAAUCUUUUCUCUGUAUAUCUUUUCAAAGUGAGAAAAUAAAAUGAGUCAAGUAUUAUAUAUGUA